AUGUUUCAGCGCCUCAAGGGGGCCAUAGACAGUCGGAUUGCCGAAGAACAGGCACGACAACGUCAGGCUGCCCUCAGUGCACAACCCACAAGAAACAACCCGCGGCGGCGUCCUCAAGGUCAGAAUGAAGGCUCCCAGACCCGUCAAUCACGCCGGCGCGACGACUCCAUUGCCUCGCUCCAGAAAAGCCCCGAUCCUUCUGAAUUCGAACCCGAGUUCACGAUAGGAGAUGAUGAGAGUGCAGUGCCCAGCAGAGUGGGCACCCCGAAGCCCGAGAUGAAGGAGAAACACCAAGAGUCUGGAGAGGAGAGACAGGCACUGCAGACGAGCCAGGAAGGCCAGGAAACAGGGGCUUCAUCAGAGGCUACCGUGGACAAAAAGCCAGCAGCGGCAGAUGGCGAUGGCGACGGCCCUGGCCCCUUGCGUCCUCAGGAGCUUCCUGCUGAAGUUCGCGGCAAACUGCGCAAGCUUGAUCGAAUUGAAGCCAGGUAUGCAGAACUGUUAAAGGCUUAUAGAACAGCACAUUCGAGGAUCCAAGCUGUCGAAUCCUUCGAAGCCUCACUACGCGAGAAUACGCCAUUGUCCAGCAUCAACGACCCUGGAGCCCUGGUUGAAUACCUGAACCAGAUCAAUCUCAAGAGUGACAUGGUUUUGGACGAACUCAAACGAGUGACAACAGACAGGGAUGAUUACAAGAAGAAGUUGGAGGCCUCCGAAGAAGAAAAUGGAAAGAUGCGCGGAGAGCUCACCGAGUUAAAGAGCAAGUCCGCGACGGUCACCACUCGACCGGAAACUGUUGAGCCCGUAGAUGAGACUCGUCCCGCGGGUGCGGCUACUACGACAACCGGCGAUGGUGGAACUAUGGCAGAGGCAGCUGAACCAGAGUCGAUCGCAAAGUCUCCCGCGUCGACUUCGUCUCGAAUAGCUGGCUUCUCUCUAUUCUCUCCCCGGUCCAAGCCGGCGGAAGAAUCCACAAAAGAAAGUCCAGAGGAACUUUUCUCCUUCGAUUCGGAACACGCAAAGUUAGAGGCCCAGUUGCACGAGCGGGAAACGGAAGUGGAAGACUUGAAAAAGCAAGUUGAUCGGCUCAAUGGCGACCUGAAGGUCGCCCGUGAGUCAACCGAGGGCAUGGUACAAAGCCUGGAAACUGCCACCAGCGAACUGCACUCCCUUCGAGAAGCUAAGGACAAGUUCGAGGAGACCAAAGCCGACCUGCAGAACAAGUUGGACGAAGCCGAGACCAAGGCCGCCUCAGGCUCAGACCUCACGGGGAGUCUAGAGAAGGAAAUUGAAGUGCUCAAAGUGGAGAAGGGCGAAGCAUCUGUCCGAAUCCAAGAAUUAGAAAGCCGAAUCAAAGAACUGGAAACGGACAAUGCAACGCUCAAGGACCUGCUUCAUGCCCGCACAGCGGACACCAAUCUGCUGAAUGAGAAGCUGUCUCAAAAGGACGCGGUGGUCAAGGACCUUGAGGAUACCUUGUCAACGUACAAGUCUGUGGAACGACAGCAAACAAGCGAGAAGAACAAUGGGCAGGGGAACGAAAAGAAGCUGGCUACCAUGCAAAACAUCAUGAAUACGCUACGCCAGCAACUGGACAAGGCCGAGAAGACUGUCGAGGAUCUGAGAGCCCAGGUGCAAAGCAAUCAGGAAGACUUCUCAAGACGACCGUCGACAACGAUAUUCGGUUUCCUGGAUGAGGAUGCAAAGGUCAAGCUCGACACUUUAAAAUCCCGAGAAGAUGUUGUGAAUUACCUCUCGGAAAAUUUUGGGUUGCAGAAAUCCCCUGGCAACAAGACUGGUGAUAUGUCAGCCGCACCCUCACCAGCGCCAUCCGAAGCUGCCGCAAGUACGAAGAAGAAAAACAAGAAGAAGAAGAAGGGCAAGGGUCCACAACCAGCAGUUAAUGAUAGCGUUGACGCUUCUACCCCAAUCAAGGUGUCGGAGAACUUGGCCGAGAUCGAGGAUGCGGAGACUGGCAAUGACAAGCCUUCCGGUCCGGAUAUUUCCAGGCUCGAACAGGAGAUCAACAAUCUAAAAGCAGAAUUGUCGGAUAAGGUGGAUGCUGUCGAACGUCUUUCCCGGCAAUUGAAGGAUCAAGAAGCCUUACAGGAAGAAAUUGAGACUUUGCGGGAUGAUCUCUUGCACCAGGGUGAGGAGCACGUUGAAGCUCGUGAUGCUCUGAAGGACGCCCAGGCGCAGAAGGAUAAUCUUCAGGCAGUUGUCAUGAAACUUGAGGCAGAUCUUUCGGAGGCACGUAAAGCAGCCGCCACUGCAGCCGAUGCAGAGAAGGCUCAUACAGGUCUACACAAGCAAUAUGAUGAACUGAAAGGGAAAUGCGCCAAUCUAGAGCGAGACCUGGGUGCGUCUGAACAACUUGCGACAGCUCGAUUCAAAGACAUUACCGAUCUCAAGGAGUUACUUUCAAAAGCUCAGCCCGAACUGAGGAACUUAAGAAAUGAAGUUUCUGAGCUCAAGUCUGCGAAGGAGGACCUGAAGAACAAGACAGGAGAGCUGAACCGGCUUGAAGCCCGACACGAGGACAUCAAGGCCGAGCUGAAAGGCCUCGGCAAAAGGCUUGGAGACAAAGACGUCGAGAUUAAAGAGCUGCAGCUCAAGAUCGAGCAAGAAACCAACACCCGAACCCGGGUGGAAAAGGACCUGGAGAAAGCCCAGGAGGAAUUGCAAACAGCAGAAUCGAGACGGCAAGAGGCAGCAGCUUCUGCGGAUCAACUGAAGCAGGAUCUUGCUAAAGCAAAGGAAGAAUCGACCUCUCUGAAGGUCAAGCUGCGUGAUCUCGAGGAACAGCUCUCCGUGCAUACCCGACAAGUGACAGAGUUGAAGGAAGAGCUGAACUUGAAGACGGCUCUGCAUUCCUCUUCCCAGUCUUUGGUCCAGUCUCUGAGGGAUCAGACGCAUGAGCUGACCAUGCAGGCGCGCGAGGCGACGAAUCGAGCAGACAGCCUUGAAGAGGAACUGACCGAAGCGCAGCGAAUGCUCUCAGAACGGACGAGGGAAGGACAAACCAUGCGAAUGCUUCUUGACCAAGCGGAGACCGGCACUGAAGCCAGGAUCCGGGAAAUGAAGGAGCGUAUGGAAGCGGCUAUUGAAGAGCGAGACCGCGUUGAAGACGAGGCUAACGUCAGCAAUCGGCGGAUGAUGCGUGAAGUCGAAGACGCCCGGAGUAAAACGCGAGAGGCCCAGCGGGCACUGAAAGUGGUGCAGGAUGAGAAAGAUGAGUUGGAGAACCGUCAGCGAGAAUGGAAGAGGCGGCGCGAUGAACUCGAGCAAGCUGCAGAGCGAGCCGCCAAGGAAGUGGAAGAGGUCAGGGCCGCCAUGGCCGGGCUUCGUGAAGCUUUGGAUGAGAGCGAGAGGCAAAUCCGCGAGCUCGACACCCAGAAAAUGGACCUUCGCAGGACCGCCGACGAGGCGAGGGAACGUGUUGAGAAGUUGACCAAGGCAAACAAGAAUCUCACAGAAGAGCUGAAGGCUGCACAGUCCGGCGCCAGGAAUCACAAGGGCCAGGUUGGUCGCCCAGGUCCCGGUUUGGAGUCUGGGAUUCCCAGUUCCAGAACGUCAGUUGAAUCGUUGAGUGCGAGGUCGCCCACACCUAAAGAGCGCGGGUUGUCAACAUCGACGAGCCGAAGCGAGACACCCAGCGCUACGGGUUUGAGCCAGGGCACGGUCGACUAUGUGUAUCUGAAGAAUGUGCUUCUCCAGUUCUUAGAGCAGAAGGACAAGAGUCAUCAAAGGCAGCUCAUUCCGGUGUUGGGGAUGUUGUUGCAUUUCGAUCGGUAA